AUGGAGAGCAGUAAGGAGGCUUUUAUCAAUCAGGGUAAAGUUCACCUUGAAUUAAAACUGAAUGAACUGAUAACAGAGAAUGGAACAGUGUGCCAGCAGCUUGUUGUACACAUCAAGGCCUGCCAUGGGCUGCCGCUCAUCAACGGACAGAGCUGUGACCCUUAUGCAACGGUGUCGCUAGUGGGUCCUUCCAGGAAUGACCAGAAGAAGACAAAAGUAAAGAAGAAAACAAGCAAUCCGCAGUUCAAUGAAAUCUUUUAUUUUGAGGUUACCCGAUCCAGUAGUUACACCAGAAAGUCUCAAUUCCAGGUAGAAGAGGAGGACAUUGAAAAGCUAGAAAUUAGGAUUGAUUUGUGGAAUAAUGGAAAUCUGGUCCAAGAUGUUUUCCUGGGUGAGAUUAAAGUUCCUGUGAAUGUGUUAAGAAAUGACUCUUCUCAUCAAGCCUGGUACUUGCUACAACCUAGAGACAAUGGCAACAAGUCAUCUAAAAGUGACGACCUGGGAUCCCUUCGAUUAAACAUAUGCUAUACAGAAGACUAUGUGCUGCCUUCAGAGUACUAUGGUCCUUUAAAAACCUUGCUGCUAAAAUCACCAGAUGUUCGGCCAAUAUCUGCCUCAGCUGCUUACAUUUUGGGUGAAAUAUGUCGAGAUAAAAAUGAUGCCGUUCUGCCCCUUGUACGAUUGCUGCUGCACCAUGAUAAACUUGUUCCUUUUGUCACCGCAGUGGCUGAACUAGACUUGAAGGAUAUCCAAGAUGCGAACACCAUUUUUAGAGGAAAUUCUCUGGCUACCCGCUGUCUGGAUGAAAUGAUGAAAGUGGCGGGCGGUCACUACCUGAAAGUGACGCUGAAGUCUACUCUAGAUGAGAUAUGUGAAUCCUCAAAAUCCUGUGAAAUUGAUCCCAUUAAACUAAAAGAGGGAGAUAACGUAGAAAAUAACAAGGAGAAUCUGCGUUACUAUGUGGACAAGUUGUUCAGCACAAUUGUGAAGUCAAGCAUGAGCUGCCCAACGGUGAUGUGUGACAUCUUCUACUCUCUGAGGCAGAUGGCCGCGCAGAGGUUUCCCAAUGACCCUCAUGUUCAGUAUUCUGCCGUGAGCAGCUUUGUAUUUCUGCGUUUCUUUGCUGUAGCCGUAGUGUCACCUCAUACUUUUCAUUUGCGACCUCACCAUCCAGAUGCGCAGACAAUUAGGACAUUAACUCUCAUCUCAAAAACCAUUCAAACUUUGGGAAGCUGGGGAAGUCUGUCCAAAUGCAAGUCAAGUUUCAAAGAGACAUUCAUGUGUGAAUUUUUCAAAAUGUUUCAAGAAGAAGGAUACAUUAUAGCAGUUAAAAAGUUCUUGGAUGAAAUUUCAUCUACUGAAACUAAAGAGUCCAGCGGCACGAGUGAGCCUGUGCAUCUGAAAGAAGGCGAGAUGUAUAAACGAGCUCAGGGGAGAACUCGGAUUGGAAAAAAGAACUUCAAAAGGCGAUGGUUCUGCCUGACAAGCAGAGAGCUCACCUACCGCAAGCAGCCAGGCAAAGAUGCCAUUUAUACAAUUCCAGUAAAAAACAUUCUUGCUGUGGAAAAACUGGAAGAGAGCUCUUUCAAUAAGAAAAACAUGUUCCAAGUGAUUCAUACGGAGAAGCCACUCUAUGUGCAGGCAAAUAAUUGUGUGGAAGCGAAUGAAUGGAUAGACGUGCUCUGCAGGGUGAGCCGGUGCAAUCAGAACCGGCUCAGUUCUUACCACCCCUCUGCCUAUCUCAACGGGAACUGGCUGUGCUGUCAAGAGAGCAGUGAGAACACUCCGGGCUGCAAGCCGUGCACCGCAGGUGUCCCUGCAGACAUCCAAAUAGAUAUCGAUGAAGACAGAGAGACAGAAAGGAUUUAUUCCCUUUUUACCCUCAGUUUACUUAAGCUGCAGAAGAUGGAAGAGGCCUGUGGAACCAUAGCCGUCUACCAAGGGCCACAGAAGGAGCCUGAGGACCAUGCCAGCUUUGUGAUUGAGGACUCAGUGACAACCUUUAAGACAAUCCAGCAAAUAAAAAGCAUCAUAGAGAAGCUGGAUGAACCGCAUGAAAAGUACCGGAAGAAACGGUCAAGCAGUGCCAAGUACGGGAGCAAGGAAAAUCCAAUUGGAAAAACAUCUUAGAGUUGGACCAACUGACUCAGAAGAACUGGAAAAUACUUUUUCCUUGGAGUUUUUCAAUCGUAUGUUUUGUUUAUAGUAUUUAAGAAUGAACAUUGGCUUCAAUAUCGCCUGCGUUCACAUUGUAUUUAAUAUUUAAUAACUGAAAUUAACUUUGGGACUCCUGUAUUGAUGUAUUACUAAAGAAUUUGAAACCCAAGAUGUCCUUCAUCCCUGUGUGUCUAAACCCCUGCUUCUGCGGCUUUCCUGUACAAAGGACAUUGUGAAGGACGGAGCCUUCUAAGGGAAGCCAGCCCCUCCCGUGAUCCCAUUGCGCAGACUUGUUCACUGCCACUAGUGCCUGCUCUCCACCGCCCACCUUCUUGUUCUUCUAGAAAAUUCCACAGCUUCCCAUUUGGUUCAUCUGGACCUGUCCUCUUUUGAAAAAGGAAGAAAGAGAAAAAAGUGUUCCCUUGGGUCCCUUAACGGAGGCGGCUACAGAUCUGGGGAAAUGCCGGAGCGUCUGCAGCCCCGGGAGAAGCGGGCUGCAUCGUGCUGGGCGGCGGCCGCAUCUCGUUUACAUGGGGGAACGGAAAUGGCAUCGGUAGGAAUACCAGGUACUCAUUGUCUUGAUGCGGGUGGAGCCUGAGGAGACUCCUGAGGAGAGCGAGCAGCGAGAGGAGGGGUAGCCGCGGCCUCCACCCACUCCCUCCUGCCUCUCCGAGCGGGCGUCCCAGCCCACUUGGGACCAGUCACUUGGCGCACUUUACUAAUCUGGCCUGCCCCAGGUUAUCCUUGAGAUACUGCAUGGUAUCUGUCUUUAUGAUCAGUUGAAUGAUCGCUGUGUAAGUGUACAAACCGUGCUUUCCUGAAAAGGUUUCUUUUCCAUUGCUGUUUCCUUGUGGCCUGCUAGCCAGAUGGGGCGCGGGGCAGCAGCCGUCUGAAUCCCGCCUGUCCUCAGAACUCGGCUGCUCAGCAGCAGCAGAAGCGAGUGGCCGCCCGGAGGCGGAGGAACACUUUGCUUCCUCAGUAUUAAAGACCAUGGUACUCUUUGUCUUUUUUGUUGUUGUUGUUGUUUUUAAUUCAGAGCAUUUUUCAAAUGUGGUACUUUGAACCUUGGAGUAUUUACUUGCGUUCCCGUUUAAAAACUGUGACCUAUCCAUGUAAAUCUAGCUAGUAGUGCUUUCUUGUUGUUUCCCUCAGCAUAAGCUACGUUUUGAGGAACAUUUGCCAAGGGCGUCACUUGCAUUGUUUUAAGGACUGCUGGCAUGUGGUGCUUGUGUCUGGGCGUGAGGUGAAAGGUCAGCUCUAGUCCUCUGUGGGGUUGACUGGUUGGCCCAGCCCAGGUCCUUCAGCUCCAUCAACUCAGACUCCAUCAGCCCCACUAGACUUCUGCACCCACUCAGAUGAAAAUUCCUAUGAAGAAUCUAAAUUGUCCACCUGAAGCAGGCGGGAGAGGGAUGCAUAGCUUCACUCUUCUCCUGUUGUCAGGGGAUUUGGAGCUUUGAGGGAUUUGUUUUUCAGUUUGUGUUUUGAGACUGCGUCUCACUACGUGACCCAGGUUAACGUUCUCCGUCUCAGCCUCCCAAGGGCAAAGAUUACAGGAGAGUGCCACCACACCGGCUUAUGUUUUUUUUUUUUUUAAGACAAAAGAUACAUUUUACUAACAUUACAUUCCUAAUGUCAGAUUCCCCACAAUUAUGGUUAUUUUAAAGAUCACACCUUGCAGUUUAAAAAGAAAUAUGAAUUAAACUAAUUUUCCUUGAAAUUCUUUUGCAACUAGAGCAUGUCCUCAGGACCCUAAGGCCAAGGUAGAAAGCCUGUUAUCUGCGCGUGAACUUUUGAGUCUUUACUCCCUGGACUGCUUUCUCUGCCUCUUCCAAAAGCAUCUGGGAAAAAUACAUAUCCAUGGCAGCUCGCUUUCCCUCCAAGUCCUGGGAUCCCAGGAAGGCCCGAAAAGGGAGCUGGCGGGAGCUCCUGCCACGCCGCCCUCAUUCUUCAGGUCAGCGAUGGCAAUCUGCUUACUUCAUUGUUUUUUAUUGUUUAGCUUGUUUUGAUAUUUUUUUUAAAUAAGAGAAUGGACAACAGCAAAGUUUUUAUUCCCAGGAAAUAUAAUUUAUCAAACUGAACUAUUUUAUUUGCCAAAGAACUAUGUUUUUCGCCAUCACGGGUAAUGACUAAGUGUCAAAAAGAGGCUUUUUUUUUUUAAUUUUACAAAAAGUGAUAACUGAUGUGACUUUUGUUUCUGAAGCCUGGUUUCCUCCUUUUACUAGAAAACCUCGUUCAUGCCACGUUUUUUAAAAAUGAUUUUUUUUUAGUCAAAGCACCUUUAAUUCGCUCUAACGGUACGUCUUGUAAAGAGAAAUUUGUGGACUUUUUCAGGUUUCUUUACAGUAUGUGACAAAUACAAGACUCAUUUCUAGACUUUAAAUUACCAGCCUUGAUUGAUACCAUCCGCUUCCAUUUUUAACUUGGAAAUUAAUAUGUUGCUAGAAAAUAUUGGUUUUUUACAGUAUCCAGUUUGGAAAUGUAAGUUACCAAAACUUAAUAUGGUGAAUUUGUGUAACCAUGUUGUAUUGUCGAGAAUGUAUUUUUAUUUAAAUUUUAUUUUCUUAUCAAGAGUAUUAUAAAAAUUUAAGACUUUUGUAACUGUCGCUUGGAAAUAACUCAAAUAAAUGACAAGAAGCCUG